UGUGUUCUGUGUAGUCAGUUAAUACUUUCUGGAAUCUUUGGAAAUAAAUAAGAUUGCUUUUCCUAAUCCUGCAGGUAAACCUUGGAAGCAAUCAGUAUCUUUUCUCAACAGUGGUAGAUCCUAAGGAAAUGCCGUGCUUCUCCUUACGCCAUGAUGUUGAUGCUCUUCUCUGGCAGCCCCGUCCAGAUCAGCAAGACAAGUGGGAGCACAUUUCUACCUUCAAUGCAUUAGGUUAUGUGCAGGCAUCCAAGCAAGACAAGAAAUUCAUGGCUUGUGCACCAGACCACUCAUAUUCUGCCCUUUGUGAGUGCCUGCGAAGAGUGUUCAUCUAUCGCCAGCCAAGUCCUCUAACAACUGUUCUCUACAAUCGAAAGGAAGGCAGACAAGUUAAUCAGCUUGCUAAGCAGUUGGUAGCAACUCUGGAAACACAUGAUCCUUUUUUGGGUUUCCAAGCAACAAAUGAGAGAUUGUAUGUUCUCACAACAAAAGCUCUAUUUAUAAUAAAAGUAAGCAAUGAGAAUUAAUCAUGGUCUCAUAAUGACAACAUAUAUCAUUGAUCUCUCUGCAUUCAUAAUGAGCUCCAGGUAUGACUCCAAAAUGUAGCACAAAAGUACAGAAUACCAGUAUCAACUAUAUUGCAAAGAUGUAAUGCAAUAUAAUGUGUACUGUCUCUUAAAGGAUGACCAACAUUGUUUUGUUGUAUAUUUAGGAGGAAAGAGUUGGAGACUUAUUUUUUAAUAAAUACAUUAUUAUUUUCAAAUUGCCUUAAAGCUUUUUAUUGUAACUGUUUCUAUUUGGCUUCCUGAAUCAAUUAAGACACUCUGAAAAUGUAAUUUGCAGCUAAGUAGAUACAUUUUUAGUUUUGUUUUGUUUGGAUUGGAUUUUUUAAAAUUUACUUUAAAUGUUUUCCCCAAAUGCUUGCAUUGGCUCAUUGAA